CUCUUCGAGAUGCUGGAAAACAGUCAAUCAAUAGUGACUGGAAGAUAGAGCAUUCAGGAACAUUCAAUAUUGCCGGGACCACUGUCCAUUAUGUUCGGAGAGGUCUCUGGGAGAAAAUAUCAGCCAAAGGUCCCACAACAUCACCUUUACAUUUACUGGUGCUGCUUUUCCAUGACCAGAGCUAUGGUCUACACUAUGAGUACACAAUCCCACUGGAUCCUCUUCCUGAGAAUCAGAGCUCUAAAGUACCGGAGCCUCUUUUCAUGUGGACUCAUUCUGGUUGGGAGGACUGUGAUGCUGUAUGUGGAGGAGGUGAAAGAAAGACAACAGUCUCUUGCACAAAGAUCAUGAACAAGAAUAUCAGUCUUGUGGACAGCAAGAAGUGCAAAUAUUUAACAAAACCUGAACCACAGAUCCGCAAGUGCAAUGAGCAGCCAUGCCAGACCAGAUGGAUGAUGACAGAAUGGACUCCGUGUUCAAGGACAUGUGGAAAAGGGACCCAGAACAGACAAGUAGCCUGCACACAGCAGCUCAGAAAUGGGACCCUGAUCAGAGCUAGGGAGAGGGAUUGCCUUGGGCCAAAGCCUGCUUCUGCACAGCGCUGUGAAGGCCAGGACUGCAUGACUGUGUGGGAGGCGGGAGUCUGGUCAGAGUGCUCUGUAAAGUGUGGUAAGGGAGUACGGCAUCGGACUGUGAGGUGCACCAAUCCCCGCAAGAAAUGUGUUUUAUCCACAAGACCUAAAGAAGCAGAGGACUGUGAGGACUAUUCCAAAUGCUACGUCUGGAGAAUGGGAGACUGGUCUAAGUGCUCCGUCACCUGUGGCAAAGGGAUGCAGUCCCGAGUCAUCCAGUGCAUGCACAAGAUCACGGGAAGGCAUGGCAAUGAAUGCUUUUCCUCAGAAAAGCCUGCAGCCUACAGACCCUGUCAUCUCCACCCCUGCAACGAGAAAAUUAAUGUUAACACAAUAACAUCACCCAGGCUAGCUGCUUUAACAUUCAAAUGCCUUGGAGACCAGUGGCCUGUGUACUGCAGAGUGAUAAGAGAGAAGAACCUCUGUCAAGACAUGAGGUGGUAUCAGCGGUGCUGUGAGACGUGCAGGGACUUUUAUGCGCAAAAAAUGCAACAAAAGAGUUGACCUCUGUCAGGCUGGCUGGCUCUCAGCUCUUUGCAAUCUUAUUAUUUAUAAACACACACACACACGUACACACACACACGCACGCUUCUUCAGACCAAAUAUUAUCAGAUUACAUAUAAUUUAAUCAAAUUAAUUUAUUUUUGCCUGCCAGACAUCCUUAAUUGUUAUGGUUAGACAGCCAACUUGUUUUAUCCUCUGACAUUUUCAUAAUUAAUUUUUAUAUGAACAAUUUUGGAUACAUUUAUCAGAAUUUUUAAAAAAUAGUAACUAGUAUUUUAAAUGUUUAUUUUCAGUAGGGUCGUCUCUCUGUUGCCAAAAAAAAGUCAUGUUAUCUUGAAUUUAUUUUAAUUUAGUUGAAUAGUUUUGUUAUAUAUGGAAAUAAAGCCCUUUUUAAUUUUAUUAUAUUUUUGGCAUUCAGAGUCAGAAUGAUCUUGUGUAUUUUGCAACAGAUGUUGAGGUGAGUAAGCUAACAUUAUUGAGCAGGUUAUUACAGAAUGUAUUGUGAAA